AUGCGGAAGCAGCUGGAUCCACGGAUCCCGACGCUGAUCCGGAACAAUGUCUCGACCGGGCACCGUUCGUUCUUUGUGGUUGUCGGUGACCAUGGUCGCGACCAGGUAGUCAACCUCCAUUUCCUGCUCUCGCAGUCGCGUGUCGAGGCGCGCCCCAACGUGCUGUGGUGCUACAAGAAGGACCUCGGCUUCACGACGCACCGCAAGAAGCGCGAGGCGAAGAUCAAGCGCGAUAUCAAGCGGGGCGUGCGUGAUCAGGAUACACAGGAUCCGUUUGAGCUGUUUGUGGGCGUGACCGAUAUCCGGUACUGCUACUACAAAGACACGCCCAAGAUCCUCGGCCGCACCUUUGGCAUGCUCGUCCUGCAGGACUUUGAGGCGGUCACCCCCAACGUCCUCGCACGCACUAUCGAGACGGUCGAAGGCGGUGGUAUUGUGGUGCUGCUGCUGCAGACCAUGUCGUCGCUGCGCCAGCUUUACUCGCUCUCGAUGGACGUCCACUCGCGCUACCGCACCGCGAGUACCGACGAGGACAUUGUGGCGCGCUUCAACGAGCGCUUCCUGCUCUCGCUAAGCGCAUCGCCCAACUGCCUCUUGCUCGACGACGAGCUGAAUGUCUUGCCACUGAGCCGCGGCAAGGAAAUCCGGGCCCUGCCCGAGACCGCCUCGGGCCAGAGCGUCGGCGGCGUCGGCUCCGCAGUGCAAAAGGGCAGCGCACGCCGCGCGCGCGACGAAGAGCUUGCGUCGGUGCAGGCGGACGUCGCCGAGACCAAGGUCGUCGGCCAGGUCAUCAAGCACGCGCGCACGCUCGACCAGGCCAAGGCCGUGCUGACGAUCCUCGACGUGCUCGCCAGCAGCUCGCUCUCGACGACCGUCGCAUUAACUGCCGGCCGUGGCCGCGGCAAGUCGGCCGCGCUCGGCCUGUGUCUCGCGGCGGCGAUCGCGCACGGCUACGCCAACAUCUUUGUGACGAGUCCCAGCCCCGAGAACCUCAAGACACUCUUUGAGUUUGUGCUCAAAGGUCUCGAUGCACUCGGCUACGAAGAGGUGGCCGACUGGGAUCUGCAGCGCGGCACCGGCGAGUGGAAGGACACCGUGGUGCGCAUCAACGUCUUCCGUGGCCACCGCCAGACGAUCCAGUAUAUCCAGCCGCAGGACCACCAGGUCCUGAGCCAGGCCGAGCUUGUUGUUAUUGAUGAGGCGGCCGCGAUUCCCUUGCCGGUGGUGCGCAACCUCUUCGGCCCGUACCUCGUGUUCCUCUCCUCGACGGUGAACGGGUACGAAGGCACCGGGCGCAGCCUCUCGCUCAAGCUCAUCCAGCAGCUGCGCCAGGGCACGCAAGGCACGCCGGGCGACCGCACUACCGCGCUGGCCGACCGCAAUGCAUCGGCGCCGCGCUCGGGCGCCUUGUCCGCGCGUGCGCUCAAAGAGGUCGAGCUCCAGGAGCCGAUCCGGUACGCGGAAGGCGACGAGAUCGAGCAGUGGCUGCACGAGCUGCUGUGCCUCGACGCGUCGGUCGCCAAGCUGCCCUCGUCGCAGAAGCGCGACGCGCGCUCGGGAUGCCCCCACCCAAGCGAGUGCGAGCUGUAUAUGGUGAACCGCGACACGCUGUUUAGCUACCACCCCGCCUCGGAGACGUUCCUGCAGCGCAUCAUGGCGCUCUACGUCGCGAGCCACUACAAGAACUCGCCGAACGAUCUGCAGCUGAUGAGCGAUGCGCCGGCGCAUGCCAUCUUUGUGCUGCUUCCGCCACUCAGCUCCGCGGCCAAGACGGGCGGCAUGCCGGAGCCGCUGUGUGUCAUCCAAGUCGCGCUCGAGGGCAAUAUCAGCCGCCAGGCGAUCCUCAACAGCCUGUCGCGCGGCACGCGCGAUGCGGGCGACCUGAUCCCUUGGCUCAUUACGCAGCAGUUCCAGGACUCGGACUUUGCCGAGCUUUCCGGCGCGCGCAUCGUGCGCAUCGCCGUCCACCCCGAGUUUGCGGGUAUGGGCUACGGCUCGCGCGCGUUGGAGCUCAUGGAGCAGUACUACAGCGGCGCGCUGCUCGACGCCGACGCGCUCGAGGAGCGCCGCGCACGCGACGCCAAGAACCCCCUGGCACCCCGCACGGAUGCGGUCGGCGUGCGCGACCCGUCGCAGCUCCCGCCCUUGCUCGAGCGGUUGUCGGAGCGCGAGCCCGAGGCGCUCGACUGGCUCGGUGUCUCGUACGGCCUGACCCCGAGUCUGUUCCGCUUCUGGAAGAGCAACGGAUAUGCGCCACUGUAUAUGCGCCAGGCGCCGAACGAGCUCACGGGCGAGUACUCUACGGUGCAGCUCAAGACCAUUGGCGAGUCGCGCGACGCGCUGUGGUUGCCUGCGUUUGCGCGCGACUUCCGCCAGCGCUUUAUCUCGCUCCUCGCCUUCCGCUUCCGCGAGCUGAGCACGCUCACCGCCCUCAGCGUGCUCGAGGCCGCGUCGCGUGCCGCGUCCGAGGCGCCGAACGCGCGCCCGGUCACUGCCGCGGAGCUCGCGCUGCUCGUCACGCCGUUCGACAUGAAGCGCCUCGAGUCGUACGGCAACAAUCUGCUCGAGCUGCAGGUCGUGCUGGACCUGAUUCCCGUGCUCGCUUCGCUGUACUUCUCGCGGCGCCUGCGUGUCGUCGCAGACGCCGACAACGACGCGGACGCCCAAGGCGAUGCGAUGGAGCUGACGGUGAGCGGCCUGUCGGCUGCCCUGCUCCUCUCGAUUGGCCUGCAGCGCCGCACGCUGGACGACGCGGCGUCCGAGCUGCAGCUCCCGCUGAGCCAGGCACACACACUUCUAUGCAAGGCCGUGCGCUGGAUCGUCAAGAACCUGCGCGCGCUCGAGCGCCGUGCGAUUGCCAGCGACCUGGCCGAGGAGCCGGUCGAAAAGGCGGCGCCUGGCUUUGCGCCGCUCGAGCAGAGCGUCGAGGACGAGCUCGCGGCCGCUGGCCAAGAAGCGCUUGCAGAAGAGGCGGCGGCGCGCGAGCAGAUGCGUGCCGACCUCGCCAACGACAAGGAAAUGUCCCGCUACCUCAUGCCCGAGGACGACCAAGUGGCCUGGGACGAGGCCGAGGCACGUGUGCGCAAGAUGCAGUCGGACCCCUCGCGCCCCUUGUCGAGCACCUUUUCCCUGCGCACCUCGCGCCCCGAAACCGAGGCCGAGACGCGCGCGCCAAAGCGCAAGGAGCCCAAAGGCUCGCGCCCCGGCGGCAAGAAGCGCAAGGCGUAG